UAUAUAGGAUAUAGGAGACACCAUUACUUACCUUACUCCUUUUCUUUUCUUACCUCGUGUCCUCGAUUAUAUCGGACAGAUUUGUAUUACAAAUGGCGGAUAUCGACGUAGAAAAGGUCCUUAAGAAGCUCUCUUUGAGCGACAAAGUCGAUCUUCUCGCAGGAAUCGACUUUUGGCAUACGAAAGGCCUUCCACAGCAUGGGAUCCCAUCUCUGCGCUUGAGUGAUGGGCCUAAUGGUGUCCGCGGUACCAAGUUUUUCAACGGUGUAAAGGCCGCGUGCUUUCCUUGUGGAACAGCGUUAGGUUCUACCUUCAACCAAGAGCUCCUGGAAGAAGCAGGGAAGAAAAUGGGAGAGGAGGCCAAGUUAAAGGGAGCGCAUGCGAUUCUAGGACCUACCAUAAACAUGCAGCGAGGUCCUCUUGGUGGUCGAGGAUUCGAGUCAAUAAGUGAGGACCCCAUCCUAGCUGGUCUAGGCGCCGCCGCGAUUGUGAGAGGAAUUCAAUCGACAGGAAUCCAAGCAACUAUCAAGCAUUUUGUCUGCAACGAUCAUGAACAUAAGCGCAAUGCUGUACAAGCCAUCAUAACUGAACGAGCACUGCGAGAGAUAUAUGCGUUACCGUUCCAGCUAGUGGUUCGUGAUUCGAAUCCUGGAUCGUUCAUGACAGGUUAUAAUGGAGUCAAUGGAACGUACUGUAGCGAGAACCCAAAGCUGUUGGACAAAAUCUUGCGCGGAGAUUGGGGUUGGGAUGGGAUGGUUAUGAGUGAUUGGUAUGGUACGUAUAGCACAACCGAGGCAGCACACGCUGGCCUUGAUCUCGAGAUGCCCGGCCCGCCACGGUUCAGGGGUGAACCGCUCAAAUUCAAUGUUUCAACCGACAAAGUUCGAACACACGUCUUGGAUCAACGAGUUAGAGCAAUGCUGGAAUUUGUCAAAAAGUGUGCAGCUAGCGGCGUUAAAGAAAAUGCCCCGGAGGAAACCGGGGAUACUCCUGAGACGGCUGAGCUGUUACGGCGAAUAGGAAACGAAAGCAUCGUGUUACUGAAAAACGACAAAGGUGUACUGCCUCUGAAAAAGGACAAGAAGACAGUCGUCAUUGGACCUAAUGCGAAGGUUGCCACAUACCACGGAGGAGGUUCCGCGUCGUUGGCCGCCUAUUAUGCCGUGACUCCGUUUGACGGUAUAAGCAGCAAACUAUCCUCACCUCCUGGCUAUACCAUCGGCCAGUAUUCGCACAAGUUGCUUCCCCUCCUCGGCAAUUCCACCAAAUCGCUCAAGGGAAAUGAGGGGGUGACGAUGAAGGUCUACGCAGAGAGCCCGGAAGCCCCGAGUAGAAAACCAGUCGAUGAACUAGAGAUUUUGAAGACAGAAAUGCUUCUAGUCGAUUACGCAAAUCCCCACAUCGUAGGCCCCCUCUGGUAUGCGACGCUUGAAGGAUCUCUGAUCGCAGAAGAAGAUGCAACGUGGGAAUUUGGCGUGGUCGUGUUUGGAACGGCAAACCUCUAUAUCAACGACGAGCUUGUGAUUGAUAACACAACAAAACAAAGGUUGGGCGAGGCAUUCUUCGGCAGCGCCACGGUAGAGGAGAAGAGCACCUACAAGUUGAAAAAGGGCAAGACGUACAACAUAAAGAUCACAUUCGGAUCGAGUCCAACCUCCAAGCUCGCGGACGGCUCUGUUCUCCUUCCAGGCGGUGCACUUAGGGUUGGUGCGUGUAAAGUUCUCGAUCCCAAAGUUGCAAUUGACCAGGCUGUCGAGUUGGCUCGGGAUGCUGAUCAAGUCAUCGUCUGUGCUGGUCUCAAUGCCGAGUGGGAAACCGAAGGCCAUGACCGUACCGACAUGAAACUGCCCCCUGGCUUAGAUGAUCUGAUUACCGCCGUAGCCAAAGCCAACUCCAACACAGCUGUCGUUCUGCAAUCCGGUACCCCAGUAGAGAUGCCCUGGGUUAGAGAUGUAAGCGCCAUCGUUCAUGCUUGGUAUGGGGGCAACGAGACUGGAAACACGAUUGCAGAUAUUCUCUUCGGUGAUGUUUCCCCCUCAGGAAAGCUCAGUCUGAGUUUUCCAGUCCGCGUACAGGACAACCCGGCCUUCCUAAACUACCGAACUGAAGGUGGCCGCGUGAUCUACGGCGAAGAUAUCUAUAUUGGCUACCGCUACUACGAAUUCUUGGAUCGCGGGGUAUUGUUCCCCUUUGGACACGGCCUAAGCUACACGUCAUUCAAAUUUUCAGAUUUCUCCAUCAUCGAUGAAGACGGAGAGCUGACAGUGUCUGCUUCGCUUAAGAACACGGGUGGUAUGAAGGGAGCUGAGGUGGCGCAAGUAUAUGUUGCGCCAAAGCAGAAGGCCAAGGUAAACCGACCAGUGAAGGAACUGAAGGGAUUUGCAAAGGUAGAACUUGAACCGGGCCAGAGCAAGACGGUCACUGUGAAGAUUUCAAAGAAGUACGCCGCCAGUUACUGGGAUGAGGAACGUGAUCAAUGGUGUGCUGAGGAAGGCGAGUAUGAGGUUAUAGUCAACAACUGUAGUAUUGUGGAGGAUGAGAAGGCCGUGAAGGGAUCCUUCAAGGUGUCUAAGACAUUUUGGUGGUCAGGGAUUUAAUUGAGAGAUAUUGUUAACGAUAAACAACGAAGAUACAUAUUAGUUAUUAAGAUGGGGAAAAAAUACCUGGCAAAUUGCAAGUAAUUUAAAUUAGUAAAACUUUAUUAAUUUAAUAUUUGGAAAAUCGUC